AUGGAUCCUGGGGGCCACGGCCGCAGGGCCCAUGACAACAGCGAGGACGAUGGCGACCCCAACACCCCUGGGCAGGAACGCCAGCCGACCCGUGAGGAUGGCACCCUCACGGUGUUCUUCCCCGUGCCCCACACGGUCCGAUGCUGCGAGGAGGGCUGCCGAGCCGCUUACGCCGCGGCCAAGUGGACGGCGCGGCGGCAGUCCCUCCAGCGGCACCUCGAGAUCGAGCACGGUACCAGAAUCCGGCGCACCGUCAACGUGUGCAGCAUCUGCGGCGAGACACUGGGGCAAAGACCAGCCUCUCACGCCUGCCUGGCUGCAACCAACUCGACCGCCCCCCCUGUUGCCCUGCCACAUCAAUGUGGCAGUUGCUCAAUGUCCUUCCCCACAAGGAGGGGCUUGAGCAACCAUGAACAGUGGCACAGGAGGGAGGCGGCACUGGCAGCCAGGCGUGAUCUCGCCGCGGGUGCUGCCUCUGGUGCGUCGGAGCAGGACGACGACAGCACCCCCCCAACAGAGCAGGACAGCACCGAGGGUCCCGCUGAGGACCCUCCCGAAACUCCAGCAGUGGCCAUCGAGCAGGCCGCCGACCAGGAGCCGUCUCCCGUGGCGCCUCCGGGAACACCUGGACAAAGCAGCGAUAGCGAGAUGGCCGAGGUACCCUCGCAGCGGACGCCAACACCAUCAGGGCGGGCCGCGACCUCGGCCACUCCUUCUCCAACACCAUCGCUGCUGUCCAACCGAGGCAGCCCGGGAGCACCAGCCUCCGAGGCUCACGAGCCGGCGGCCAUGCAGGAGCUCUCCCCAGGCAGGGCAGAGGUGCAGGACCAUGACGGCAGCACCCAGGACUUCGGGACCCAGGACGAACAUGCUGGCCGAGAAGACUUCGUCAAGCGUCGUCACAGUCAUCCCGGAGGUCGCGUCGGGACCACGGCGGACCUCCAGGAGUCUACGAGAGCCUAUCAACCAGGAGCACCCCGCCAGCCUGCCCACCUGCCUGCCCGAGCACCAUCUGCUGAGCAUCGGAGCAACCCGGUGGGCCUCCCCUCCCCCCCAACGCUCGCCGAGCGGCCCAUGUUCCCGGGAGCCAGCACCUCUGCGAGCGCCCCCUGUCGAGCCGUCGGCCAACCUCCCUUACCCCUGUGGAGCCAGCGGCACCUGCUGAGCCUACCCCCAACCAGAGUGCAGCGACGCUUCCAGCGCCUGCUGUACAGCACAAGUGCAACCAGUCCUUCACCAUGA